UAUAAGAGCUAAAUCAUAUCAAAUAAUAAAUAAAUGCAUUUUGUAAUCUGACACAUGGCUGCGACUCCCAUGCACUCGUCGCCGCACAUUUGUGUAUAUAUUUACGCCCUUUCCGCCAUCACUAAGCCACUGCAUCUUGCGCUCCUGGCAGUGUCAGUGGUAUUUUGCAUCUUGCCGAUUGCAUCAGUAACAGCAGCAGCAAAGUCCGACAUUGCAGCGAUCAUUCUUCCUCUCUCGUCGACUGUCUGGGUGCCAGGCGAGCAAGGCCAAAUCACCUACCGUCUUGCUGGAUCGCCCGGCGGCCAGUCCUUUGAGAUUGACCUGAUGUCUGGAGACGCCGACAAUGCCCAGCUUGUCCAUGUAUUUGAAACCCCGGCCACCCCCAAGUCCUCCGGCAUCAAUUCUGUCACUGUUGACGUGCCAAAGUCCAUUCCAGAGGGCAAAUACGGCCUGCGGCUGGGUCUUGCUGACGGAACAGUCUGGAAGUACUCGCAGAUCUUUACUGUCAGCAAGAAUGGCCCUGUCCCAAGCAAGGCCACCACGAAGGACAACGACAAUGAUAAGCCCGAAAAGUCCUCUUCCGGCGCUUCCGCGAGCAAGAGCAGCGAUGACGAGGAUAGCUCGGAGACUGAUAGCGAUGCUGUGGAGACUCCCAAGGACUCUGUGACCCAUUCCAACACCCAGGGCAUGAUGACCAGCGGAAAUGAGAAAGGCAGACCGGCUAGCCGCCCAGUCCAGGUCCAGUCCAAGUCUGCUGCUGACACGCUCAGAUUGCCUGUCCGCGGCGUUCUGCCGAUGACAGCUGCAGUCCUUGCGAUCGCUCUGAACGGCCUGCUCGCCUGAUCGCAAUCACGUUUUUUUAUUUUUACAUUGAGCACAGAACACCUUGGCAUUCAUAUUUCUGCCGGCACUCAGGCAUAUUCUGCAUCAUCCACAAAUCAGCAUUUAUCUCUCAAACAAUAUUUUUUAGUUUCCGUACUACAU